UUAGGAAAAAAUAUGAGCGUGUUUCUAGGGGAAACCUGGAAGCAGGGUUUGCCCAUUCCUGAUAGCACAGCGGAAAACCUUAGCCUCAAGUUCUCCUCCAGAAUCUGUCAGGAUUAGCAGAGGACAUGGAAUAGGAAAGUGGGAUGAAAGGAAGGGGUCAUGCAGUGGGGCACUGGCUCCACGUGCCGUUUCUCUGCAGUCAGCUCAGUUUGCAGUUGUACCGUGGUUAUCAGUGGCGUGGUAGUGUGAUUAGGGAGCAGCAGCAGGAAAUGCUGGCAGAAUCUGGGAGGCUGGCGGUUGGGAGCAACAGAGGAGAUCAAAGGCUUGAGUGCGUUUGCCGACUGGAGAAUAAUUGCAAGUCACUCCCAAAAUGUGGGCUGGCAGUGCAGCAUGGCCAUCGGCUCUGUCUGUGUUCCCAUGGAAGAGGUGAGUACAUGGCACAGGGGGGCACAUCUGCAUUGCUGCACUCAGUUCUCAUUCCCCGUGGUCCAGCUUCCAUUCAUUCAGCUUGUAUCAGGGGAUUCAGAAAAGCUGUUAGAGGGGAAAUGGCUUGUUUUAGCAAAGGAGACUGAAACAGGGCUGUGCUCGGGAUCAAAGAUCUCCUGGCCAGUCUUGUUCCCUUCAACUGGAUGGUGAAAACUAAUGAGGCAAACUUGAGCUGGAGGACCCAAGUAUAUCUUAGCUGUGGAGAAGUUUCAGCUGAAAAUUGAUGUUCAGACUAUCAGAGAAGGAAGGCUGCAGAGCAGUGAUGCAGCAGAUCUGUAGGCAGACACAAGUGCUUAUCUUCAUAGAUAAGCAUCUUCACCUUGCUCAUCUUUCCAUCAGUGUCCUCAUACCUGUUCUUCUCAAAGAACUCGAGGCUUUCCCACGUUUGUCUAGUGUCUCAUGCAUUCUGUCUUAGCAAAGCAAAAUCUGACAGUAAGAAGAAAUAAUGUGUUCUUGAGUACCUUAGUUUUAAGAUGCAAUAGGCAAGGUUUUUGGUAAGUCUAUUUACCACUAUUUACCACUAUUAUAGGCAAAUACACUACAGUCAGAGUGCCUUUAAACUGUUAAAAGUUUUCCCCAGACAGCCUCAUGGUAGAAGACUUGACAUAUUAAAUAUUUACAAUUCCUAUAAAGAGCUCAGGGCCAAGCCAACACGGCUAUCGUGGUUGCAUGGAGAAGUCUGAGCUCUUCUAGUCACAAGUCACUGGGGGAAAAUGGCAAGUCAUUUAUUUCUUCUUUUUCCCCUUCCCUGUUUAGUUAUGGGGAGCUGAGACCAUUUAUGAGUUUGGUGUGCCAGCAGGGUCUCAGCAAAUCUCACAACCAUUUCCAGGUGAGAUGGAAGUGAGGGCUGCACAACAGUGACAGGAGGAACAAUCCUGCUGUCCUUCAUCCCUGGGACAACGUCUGCACUACCAAACAAGGGACAGUGAAGGAUUCCACAGCCAGAGAACACAGACGGACUCAUGUUCACACUGCUUAGGAAGAAGUUGGUAGAAGUGGUCCAAAACAGGGACCAGCAAUGCAAUGUUUCCUGGGACCUGAGCUCAUUCCAUAGCCUUAGGUUCAGCCAUACUGGGCUGCUGUAGGGCUGUGUUCACAAUUAGCAAGUAGUGUGGACCAAUACAAGACUUGCAGAGAGAAAAAGUCCUGAUGAACCAUCAUCUAUGCUGCCACAUUUUGCUGCCUUAUUGGGAUUUUACUCUAGUUUAAGCCUGUGAACUGAACACUCACUUAUGGUAGCAGCAGAUCUUCCCUUUCAUUCCCAAAGAACUCAGUUCACUUUCUGGAACUAAAGCAAUGGAGGAUGAUGUAGCAUAAAUAUAUUUCUUUCCACCUACACCAAAUUAUUUUUCUUGUUAUUCAAGUGAUGUUCAGCAAUCUCAGGGCAGAGAAAGAGCAAAUUUUGACCUGUGUACCAUAAAUAUUACUCCAGACAUUAAACAAAAUUCUCUGUAAAAGUCCUUGGAAGAUCUCCAUCCAUAUAGUGCAUGUCACACCAUGGUAUUGAGUAUUUAAUCUCUUUGGAAACCUUUGGUAGAGAUUCAAAAUUCUGUUAUUAUUCAAGUGGAUGCAUCCUACUGAUGGGUCUCGUUUAUGGAUUUCCAAGUACACUUUAAAGGUCAAACGAGUAAUUUUAAUCGGUUAUGUGGGGUUUUUUUGACAGCUGAUAAGUACUGAAUGUACCACAGCACCUGGAAAGCAGAUUUGCUAUAUUUACCAUUGCAUAUUUGGAUUGGGUGCAGGGAUAGUGCUCUGCCCACGCUCAUUUCACUCUCCAUCAUCAAAUUACUGGCACUGAUCAACCAGCGCAUCCACAGGAGAGCAGUGUCUUGCAGCACUUCAGAUUUGAGUCACAGCUUGGACAGGGGCCCAGGACCUGUGUCUUAUGGCUGCUGGUUAAGAGAGUAGUGGCUGCAUCAGAGUGGUGUUGUCCUUGGCUCAGAGCAUUCCUGGCUACUUAAUCCAUACUGCUUUCUCCCGGGCUGCCAGGAUAGUAAGCAUUUUGAAAUUAUUCUGGUGUGGUUGUUCUGAAAUUCUUGUUUGCAGGUCACUCAUGCCAUGGUGGUAGAGAUCACAAGGUGACAACAGAGUGUCCUCACUCACUGUCUGCAGAACUGAAAGCAAAGAGAGUGAGAAUAUUUUCAACAAUAUCAGUCAUGGACUGGGAGCAAGGCUUGAGCUUGGGUGCUGUGGCAUCAGCUUCUACCAGGUGAACUAAAGGGCUGGCUGCAGUGCUUAUGGGAGCCACAGUACCUAUGGCAAUGAGCAGAAAGGCUGACCAGCCCCAGAAUGAAACAGAGGAGAUUCUUCAGCUUAGGGAAAAAAGACACUCAAAUUGGAUCUGACAGAAACCCACAAAGUCAUCUAUCAUGUGGAAAAACUGAACUUGGGAGAAUUGUGGGGCAUGUAAUGAAGUGGUUAGGGAAUAAAUAGACAAAAGUGCUUUUUUUGGUGUUUUUCCACUGCAUUUUUGGAACACGGUAGGGUAGAGUGAACGAGACUCAAAAAGGGAUGAGAUUCACUCAAGGAAGACUAGUGAUGUAGUAGUCCAGCUCCAGCAGCUGGCAGGAGAAGCCCACGGGUCCCAGGUUGCUGGGAGUUGAGUGGCACAGUUGGGGAAGAGCUGCUGUUGGCUCAUGCUGCUCUUGCACACUUCCCUGAUCAAAACCCGAGGAGUUCUUCAUCAAGACUACAGCAGCAGCUCAGCUGCUCUUCAGUGUGGGCAGCAGUCAGGGGAACUCAUGGGCCACCAGGACACAGGCAGCUGUUAGUAAGGAAGGAGCUGGUUUUAGCCCUGGAAACACUAAGCUGGGAUGCAGCUCUCACCAUAGAAAAGCCCUAGAGAAAACACCAGGAUUUUGCAGCCCAUUCAGACUGUAUCCAGAUCUGCCCAGUCGUUUUUUAUUUCCACAGCACAGUUUCUUAAGAAGAUCUGGAGGGUGGAGGAUUAGAACAUUUAACAGUUUACAAAAACUCGGCUCUGUUUUGCUGUUUUCAUGGGAACAAAGUUCGUAGUGCUGGUUUUAUGGUAACACCUUGCUUUUAUACUCCACGCUUUGUUUAACAUGGUAAUGAGCUCCGUGCUGUGUAGUGCACUUAGUGCUGUGCAGAAAAUAAAAGUAUUUCCUGCCCACACUUCAGAAGAACUGCUGUGAUGGUAAAGUCUCUUUCAAGCUUAGGGCUGCUAGCCUAAACAGUGAGUACACUGGGCUAGUCUGUCAGAAAGCUCUGUAUUGCAAAUGUAAAUUUAUCUUUGUAAGAAUGAUAAGCUCCUGUCCAGAACACUGCACUAUAUAAAGCAGAUCAACGAGGCAGGAGGUUUUACCAUAUCCCCCACCCCCGGAACAGAGAAGAGUUUUGUAUUACAUUAAUCAGCAUCUAAGCCCUGAAGGUCACAAUUAUCUGGCCACUAUUUUUCAGUAUUAGUGAUUUUAGUACAUGAUUAACUUUCAUGUGUGCAUCAUUAAGAUGAGGAAUUGUUUUUGAAGUUUCAAAUAGAGCAGCAGGUCUUAGCUGUAGUAUUUGCCAUACUUGCUCAGCCACUCUUAAAAGGGAUGAUUUAUAGAAAAUCCAGCUGUGAGUUUUCGUUUCUUCAAGAGCAGGAGGCGGGACUAGAAACCAACCUAAAACCAAGCGGAGCAUUGAUCAGAGUAGAAAUGAUGUAGAGCACAGCUCUGCAGACAACAGCUAAGCAUCGUGGAAGUAUUAGCUGGCAGCGAUAAGGAGGCGGAAGCAGAGCUCGGUGACAGAGGAGCCAUCUGUCAGGAACUGGGAAUCCGAUUUCAAGAGAGCAGAAAAUGAAGUAAAGAAGAAAGUGAUUUUGGUUCAGAGGUGCAGUGGAGCCCAAGGAUAUCUGUGGACAAAAUCGAAGCAAAGGAAGCGUGUGACUGGUUACGUGCAGCUGGAUUUCCCCAAUAUGCUCAGUUCUAUGAGGACUCCCGGUUUCCCAUUGACAUUGCUGCAGUAAAGAAAGAUCAUGAUUUUCUUGACAAGGACCUUGUAGAACCUCUUUGCAGACGACUGAACACACUGAACAAGUGCGCCUCAAUGAAACUCGAUGUGAACUUCCAAAGAAAAAAGAGUGAAGAUUCAGAUGAAGAAGACCUCUGUGCUAUCAGUAAUAAAUGGACUUUCCAAAGAACCAGCAGACGAUGGUCUCGGGUGGACGACAUUGACGCUUUGCUUCACCGAUCUGACAGACAUGGCUCUUCUGGGGACAUUAAAAUGAAAAACACGACGAGCAGUGAGAGCGUCCUUACAGAUCUGAGCGAGCCUGAGGUCUCAUCAAUUCACAGCGAGAGCAGUGGGGGCAGUGACAACAGGAGUCAAUCUGGCACCACCGGCGCUGCCAGGGACACCUGCGACUGCUCUGCCCAUCAUGAUGUGGAAAGCACCCUGCUGCAGGACUCCACUGCAAUAAACACUGCCCUGUCCCCCAAGGACGGCCUGAAGAAUGACAAUCCAACACGAGCCAGAGCAAAAACCUUUCUAAAACGCAUGGAGACACUAAAAGCAAAGGCUGUGCAUGGAAAACUGAAAGGCUCGGGAAGAACAGGUCCUUUAGAGAUCAGUGGACCGGUUCUCCAGUUUGAGCCAAAAUCCUUGAAAGACAUGCACUGUGUACAGAUAGUCAAUGGUGAUCUCCAAAAUUUGGGGCAAGAUUCAGUCAAAAAAGAGCUUCCAUUUUCUGCCAAAUCCAGCAGUGACAGCAGUCAGUCCGAAAACAGCAGCAGUGGGGUGAGCACGCCGUGUUUGAAGGAACGCAAAUGCCAUGAAGCAAACAAGAGAGGUGGGAUGUACCUGGAGGACCUGGAUGUUCUGGCAGGAACAGCCUUACGGCAGGUGAUGGACCAAAACCGCAAAAAUGAAUUUCAUUCCCAAGAGAACUUGGUUGUGCACAUUCCCAAGGAUCACAAACCAGGGACCUUCCCAAAGGCACUUUCCAUCGAAAGCCUCUCACCUACAGACAACAGUAACAGUGUGAACUGGAGGACAGGCAGCAUCUCUUUGGGAAAGCAGAACUGCUCUACUCCAAAGGAAUCUGGACUGAUGGCUUGCUGUCCUAAAGAGAGCAGAAUUAGUAUUUAUGACAAUGUGCCAGGUUCCCACUUGUAUGCUAGUACUGGGGACCUCCUGGACAUAGAGAAAGAUGUCCUUUUUCCUCAGUUAGAUGACAUUUUGCAACAUGUCAAUGGACUGCAGGAGGUGGUAGAUGGCUGGUCCAAGAAGGUGUUGCCAGGUCUGCCGGUUGGGGAUGUGUCAGCCAGGGAAUCCCCAUCGUUGCCUUUCCAGUCGCCUACACAGAUCACUCUGGAUUUUGAAGGAAACUCUGUGUCUGAUGGCCGGACCACCCCGAGUGAUAUGGACAGAGAUGGAACAUCCCUGAAUGAAUCUGAAGCCACCGGUGUUAGGGACAGGAGAGACUCUGGGGUGGGAGCAUCACUCACAAGGCCAAGCAGGCAAUUACGAUGGCAUAGUUUCCAAAUCUCUCAUCGCCUGAGCCGCUCCAUUGCAUCGCUUCACAUCAGCAACCAGUCAGCAGCCCAGCUGAAUCUACUGCAAAAAUUCUCUCUGCUUCGUCUCACUGCCAUCAUGGAAAAGUACUCCAUGUCAAACAAACAUGGCUGGACCUGGUCUGUGCCAAAGUUCAUGAAGAGGAUGAAAGUCCCUGACUACAAGGACAAGAAUGUCUUUGGUGUGCCCCUGAUAGUCCAUGUCCAGAGAACAGGGCAGCCUCUUCCCCAGAGCAUACAACAAGCCCUGCGCUACCUACGGAGCAACUGUCUAGACCAGGUGGGUCUGUUUCGGAAAUCUGGAGUGAAAUCCCGAAUCCAGGCCCUGCGUCAGAUGAACGAGAGCUCCCCAGAAAACGUCAGCUAUGAAGACCAGUCAGCAUAUGAUGUGGCUGACAUGGUCAAGCAAUUCUUCAGGGACCUGCCAGAACCUCUCCUCACAAGUAAACUAGGAGAGACUUUUCUGCACAUCUAUCAAUAUGUCCCCAAGGAGCAGCGUCUGCAGGCUGUGCAGGCAGCCAUCAUGCUCAUGGCUGAUGAGAACAGGGAGGUUCUGCAGACUCUGCUCUGCUUCCUCAGCGACGUCACCUCCGUGGAGGAAAAUCAGAUGACUCCCAUGAACAUUGCUGUUUGCCUGGCCCCUUCCCUCUUCCAUCUCAAUAUAGUGAAGAAAGAAAGCUCACCAAGAGUAAUACAGAAAAAAUAUGCAACAGGGAAGCCAGAUCAGAAGGACCUCAGUGAAAACCUGGCAGCUACUCAGGGACUUGCUCACAUGAUAAUGGAAUGCAACAAACUUUUUGAGGUCCCACACGAGAUGAUCACCCAAUCCCGAAACUCCUAUGUUGAUGCAGAAGUACAUUCUCCUACCCUGGAUGAGCUUGGCAAACAAGUGGAUGAGGAAGGAGGGAACUAUCAGAUGUACCUGGAAACUCUCAUGCAGAAUCUCCAGAAAGAAGCAAAAGAGAAAUUCAAAGGAUGGGUCACGUGUUCCAGUGUAGAGAAUGCAGAACUCGCCUACAAAAAGGUUGGGGAUGGUAACCCACUAAGGCUUUGGAAAGCCUCAGUUGAAGUUGAAGCCCCCCCAUCAGUUGUGUUGAACCGAGUGCUGAGAGAACGUCACCUCUGGGACGAGGACUUCUUGCAGUGGAAGGUGGUGGAGAGCCUGGACAAGCAGACAGAAGUUUACCAGUAUGUUUUGAACAGCAUGGCUCCUCACCCCGUCCGAGACUUUGUUGUUCUCAGGACGUGGAGGACAGAUUUGCCCAAGGGGAUGUGCAUGCUGGUUGCCAUCUCUGUGGAGCACGAGGAGGCUCCUCUCAUGGGAGCUGUGCGAGCCAUCGUCAUGGACUCCCAGUACUUGAUAGAGCCCUGUGGCUCAGGAAAAGCCAGGCUGACCCACAUCUGCAGGAUUGACCUAAAAGGACAUUCCCCAGAGUGGUACAACAAAGGCUUUGGACAUCUGUGUGCAGCAGAAGUUGCCAGGAUCAGAAACUCAUUUCAACCUCUGAUUGCUGAGGGACCAGAAACAAAAAUCUGAGGAAGUAUUCCUGGGAGCAUGUGAGCAUAAAUCAGAGUCUGGCAGGGAACAGGUAUACUGAAAGCAAAAUUCUUAUUUAAGCUGCAGAAAUGUGACCAGACCUGGGUCUACACAAAGCCGAAAAAGGAAUUUUAUAGGAAAGUUCUUUUUUUCUGGAGACUUCACCUUCCCCCCUCCCCCAUGUCCACUGUAUUAAUUUUGAUUAUUGAACUAAACAUUUCUUCAGAGAGCUUUUAUUACUUUAAAAACAGAUUAUUGCCAUUACUUGUAUGUUAUGUAACUCUGUUAUUUAAAGGCUUCUAAGAAGCAUAUUUUAAUUGUAAAUAAAUAAUGUACAGUAUGUAUAUAGUUAUCUAUAUUCUAUCUAUAUAUAUAUAUGUAUAUGUAUAAAUUAAUUAUUUUGUAUAUAACUCAGUGCAAAUCACUUGCAUCAGUUGGACCUUAAGUGGAUCUGUCACUUGUUUCUUAGUGUGUCACUGCUACAUAAGCUGUGUUUGCUGUUGUCACAGGGCUACCAGGCAUAAUUCGUGUGAUAACAAACGCCUGUUCUCAAA